AUGGAAGAAGGAGAUUUUGACCAACGUUUACGAGACUUGCAAAGAGAAUAUUUGGAGUUCUUAGACGAUGAGGAGGACCAAGGAAUUUAUAUGGAAAAGGUUAAAUUAAUGGUAGCUGACAAGUCUAAAAGGCUCAACGUUAAUGUUAACGAUCUUCGGAGAAAGAAUCCUGAACGUGCUAAGAAUCUACUCGAAAACGCUUUUGAAGAACAAAUAGCAUUUCAAAGAGCUUUGAAAGAAUAUGUUUCUUCUAUUGAUCCUACUUAUGCCAAAGUGCAAGAAGAAUUUUUCGUCGCAUUCAGUGGUAGCUUUGGAAAUAAACAUGUUACACCCAGGAGUUUAACUUCUCGGUAUUUAGGAAAUCUAAUUUGUGUAGAAGGUAUUGUUACAAGGGUGUCUUUGGUGCGGCCUAAGGUUGUGCGUAGUGUUCACUAUUGCCCGGCCACUAAGAAAGUUAUGGAGAGAAAGUACACUGAUCUUACAUCUUUUGAAGCAUUCCCUACUUCUGCUGUGUAUCCCACCAAGGAUGAUGAAGGUAAUCCUCUAGAAACAGAAUAUGGUCUGUCUCGCUACAAAGAUCACCAGACUCUCACAGUGCAAGAGAUGCCAGAGCGGGCUCCAGCUGGCCAGCUACCUAGAAGUGUUGACAUCAUCUGUGAUGAUGACUUGGUAGAUCGCUGCAAACCUGGAGAUAGAGUGCAGAUUGUGGGAAACUACAGAUGUCUGCCUCAUAAACAAGGAAGUUUUACUGCUGGUACUUUCAGAACAAUCCUAAUAGCAAACAAUGUAACUCAAAUCAACAAGGACAUGAAUCUGGCCAUUUGUUAUGAGGAUGUCAAGCUCUGCAAGCGUCUCGCCAAACGAGGAACAGUGGACAUGUUUGAGCUUAUAAGCAAAUCACUUGCUCCGAGUAUACACGGCCAUGAAUAUAUCAAGAAGGCAAUACUGUGCCUGUUGCUUGGAGGCAUGGAGAAGGUUUUACCUAAUGGGACCAGGCUUAGAGGAGACAUUAAUAUCCUUCUCAUUGGUGAUCCAUCUGUGGCUAAAUCGCAGCUGCUUCGCUACGUGUUACAAACAGCUCCUCGUGCAAUCACUACUACUGGUCGAGGAUCUUCAGGCGUUGGUCUAACUGCUGCGGUUACAACAGACCCGGAGACAGGUGAUCGGAGAUUGGAAGCUGGUGCCAUGGUGUUGGCAGAUCGCGGCGUGGUGUGCAUAGACGAAUUCGACAAGAUGUCGGACAUCGACCGCACCGCCAUCCACGAGGUGAUGGAACAGGGGCGCGUCACCAUCGCCAAGGCGGGAGUGCACGCCACUCUCAACGCCAGGUGCUCGGUCUUGGCAGCCGCCAACCCUGUGUAUGGACGGUAUGACCAGUAUAAGACGCCUAUGGAAAACAUAGGUUUGCAAGACUCCUUACUGUCACGUUUCGACCUGCUGUUCGUGAUGCUGGACAUUGCUGACGCAGACCAUGACAAUAUGAUCUCCGAACAUGUGCUGAGGAUGCAUAGAUAUAGAAAUCCCAAAGAACAAGACGGAGAAGUAUUACCAAUGGGUUCAUUAGUAGAAAUGUUGUCCACGGAGAAUCCCGAUAAUGAUGAAACUGAGGAAUCAAAUCGCUCAAUCUACGAAAAAUAUGACCCACUACUGCAUGGCAACACUCGGAGCAAGAAGGACCAAAUCUUGAAUACCAAGUUUAUGCGCAAGUUCAUCCACAUCGCGCGGCUCAUGAAGCCCAAGCUGACCCAGGAAGCGUCCGACGCUAUAGCUGAUGAGUAUGCGAGACUCAGGAACCUGGAUAUGAUGGAUAGUGAUGUAGCUAGGACACAACCGGUGACAGCCCGUACGCUGGAGACCCUGAUCCGUCUCUCCACGGCGCACGCCAAGUGCCGCCUCAGCUUCCAAAUAACGCAGGAAGACGCCCAGGCUGCCAUAGAACUCGUCCAAUUCGCUUAUUUCAAAAAGGUGUUAACAAAAGAAAAACGUCAGAGGAAACGUCGCGCUUCAUCUGAUGAAGAAGCUGCCGCAUCUGAUGGGGAAGAGCCUGGGCAACCCAGGGCUAAAAAAUCUAGAAAAAAGGAUGGUCAGAACGGAGACCCGUAUGACUUCUCAUCGGACGAGGAGACGGAUCCGGUACUGCGGGCCGCUCACACUUCACAAGUUGAACCAUCUCAACGUUCCACUAGAUCUUCACAGAAGAGUAUUGAUGACAAAAGACUGGGCGAGUUCAAGAGUGCGCUGCAGGAGCUGUUCCGCUCGGAGCGCGCCAACUCCUUGCCGCUGGCCCAGAUCACUGCGCACGUCAACGAGCGCUACUCGCACCAGACCUUCGACCCCGCGGAGAUACAGGCCGCGCUGCACAGGAUGACCAGCGACAACCAGGUCAUGAUGGCUGACGAUAUUGUAUUCUUGAUUUAG